GAUUCACUCGAGUUCCCCUCGUUAACAUCGAAACAUUUCUCCUCAGAGACAAGAAGGAUCUCCUUCACUUAUCCAUAAACAAUGGACGCCUCAAUGAUUACUAAUCCCAAAUCCACUGCCUCCCUUCCCUCUCUGUUCCUGGGGAGGUCGGGAGGUAGUAUUAGAAGUUCUCAGUGUAAUGUCAUGAUGGGGAAAACCAUUACCUUCCCGAGCCAAAAAGCCAAGACUUUGAAGGUUAGCCAGAAGAAUGUGAGGAGGUGUAAUGGUGGUGGUGCGCUUGGUGCUACUUGCAGCAGUGGGGAUAAGAUUCUUGUGGCUAAUAGAGGUGAAAUUGCUGUCCGUGUGAUCCGAACUGCUCAUGAAAUGGGGAUUCCUUGUGUUGCUGUUUACUCUACUAUUGACAAGGAUGCAUUGCAUGUCAAAUUGGCUGAUGAGGCUGUUUGUAUUGGUGAAGCUCCUAGCAACCAGUCGUAUUUGUUGAUACCAAAUGUUUUGUCAGCUGCAAUUAGCCGAGGAUGCACAAUGCUUCAUCCUGGAUAUGGAUUCCUUUCAGAGAACGCUCUUUUUGUUGAGAUGUGCAGAGAACACAGGAUCAACUUUAUUGGACCAAAUCCUGAGAGCAUCCGUGUCAUGGGUGACAAAUCAACUGCCAGGGAGACAAUGAAAAAUGCAGGUGUCCCAACUGUACCAGGGAGUGAUGGACUAUUGCAGAGCACAGAAGAAGGAGUCAAGCUCGCCAAUGAGAUUGGGUUUCCUGUGAUGAUCAAGGCAACAGCUGGUGGUGGUGGACGUGGAAUGCGCCUUGCUAAUGAACCGUCAGAGUUUGUGAAACUGCUGCAGCAAGCAAAGAGUGAGGCCGCUGCUGCUUUUGGGAAUGAUGGAGUUUAUUUGGAGAAGUACGUGCAAAAUCCCCGGCAUAUCGAGUUCCAGAUUCUUGCAGAUAAAUUUGGAAAUGUUGUUCACUUCGGUGAGCGUGACUGCAGCAUCCAGAGACGUAACCAAAAGUUGCUGGAAGAAGCACCUUCUCCUGCACUGACCCCUGAGUUGCGAAAAGCCAUGGGUGAUGCAGCAGUUGCAGCAGCAGCGUCAAUUGGUUACGUUGGUGUUGGUACCGUGGAGUUCCUUUUGGAUGAGAGAGGUUCCUUCUAUUUCAUGGAAAUGAAUACUAGAAUCCAGGUGGAGCAUCCUGUGACAGAGAUGAUUUACUCCGUUGAUUUGAUUGAAGAACAGAUUCGUGUUGCAAUGGGAGAGAAACUGCGUUAUACACAGGAUGAGAUUGUGCUUAGAGGACACUCUAUUGAGUGUCGUAUCAAUGCAGAGGACCCAUUUAAAGGAUUCAGACCUGGACCUGGAAGAAUAACAGCAUAUCUGCCAUCUGGAGGUCCUUUUGUUAGAAUGGAUAGUCAUGUCUAUCCCGACUAUGUUGUUCCUCCAAGCUAUGAUUCUCUUCUUGGAAAGCUAAUUGUAUGGGCUCCAACGAGGGAAAGGGCAAUUGAACGGAUGAAACGUGCACUGAAUGACACUAUUAUUACAGGGGUUCCCACCACCAUUGAGUACCACAAACUUAUCCUUGAAGUUGAGGAUUUCAAGAAUGGAAAAGUUGAUACAGCAUUCAUCCCUAAGCAUGAAGAGGAAUUAGCAGAGCCUCAGGAAAUUGUCCUCGUGAAAGAUUUGACAAAUGCAGCUGCUUAGAAUUCAUCUGCUCUUUACAUGAACCAAUAAUUUUCAGAACGCAGGGGAAUCAAUCAUGCCAAUGCCCGCAAAGUCUUCAUCCACUUGCCAUGAUCUCAGCAAUAAUUGUGUUGUUUUUCUUUAGAGUUUAUGGUAUUAAGCGAUAAUUGUUAGUUCUCGGAUAGAACUGUGUGAGCACGUCAUUACCAUUCAAGUAUUUCAAGACGGUUUGUUAUUAUUAUUAUUUUUUGGUCAAAGACGAAAUGUUAUUUAACUCUGAAGGUUUCGGCAGGCUUUAAAUGUGAGACUUGAUAUUCAGUGUGUUGGCG